CCGCCGCUUAACAGAAGCCUCGUUUUCAAAAUUCGAAAAAUAUCAAACAUGUUCGGUGGAGGAGCUCCAGUUGUAGUGCUAAAUCAAAAUACCAAGCGUGAGUCAGGCAGGAAAGUCCAAUUAGGAAAUGUUACCGCUGCUAAGACCAUAGCUGAUGUUAUUAGAACAUGUCUGGGACCAAGAUCUAUGCUAAAGAUGUUGAUGGACCCAAUGGGAGGCAUCGUGAUGACCAACGAUGGAAAUGCCAUCCUACGUGAGAUUAUGGUCGAACAUCCAGCAGCUAAGUCUAUGAUUGAGAUUGCAAGGACACAAGAUGAAGAGGUUGGCGAUGGGACAACAUCAGUCAUCAUCCUAGCUGGUGAGAUAAUGUCUGUAGCAGAACAAUUCUUGAAACAAGAGAUGCACCCUACAGUGAUCAUCAGUGCAUACAGACAGGCCUUAGAAGACCUCAUAGAAAUACUAAGAGAACAAGUCAGUGUAUCAGUUGAUACUAAUGACAGACAAGAGAUGCUGAAGAUAGUGAAAAGCUGUGUAGGAACUAAAUUUAUCCGUAAAUGGUCAGACUUAGCUUGCCAAAUUGCCCUGGAUGCCACACAAACUGUUGCAUUGGAAGAAGGGGGACGCACAGAGAUCGACAUCAAACGAUAUGCCAAAGUAGAAAAAAUCCCUGGGGGUACAAUUGAAGAGAGUGAGGUUCUCAAAGGUUGUAUGAUCAAUAAAGAUGUUGUCCACCCCAAGAUGAAACGUAAAUUAACAAACCCACGUAUUCUGCUGUUGGACUGCAACUUAGAGUACAAAAAAGGAGAGAGCCAAACUAAUCUAGAAAUAACUAAAGAGGAAGACUUUAUGAAAAUCCUCCAACUGGAAGAGGCCUACAUCCAGAGUAUCUGCGAAGACAUAAUAAGCUUCAAACCUGACCUGGUCAUAACAGAGAAAGGCGUCUCAGAUCUGGCCCAGCAUUUUCUUGUGAAAGCAGGCAUCACAGCUAUCAGACGACUAAGAAAGUCUGACAACAACAGGAUAGCAAGAGCUGUGGGUGCUACUAUAGUAAGCAGAACUGAUGAGAUCAGAGAGGAAGAUAUAGGAACUGGAUGUGGACUCUUUGAAGUCAAGAAAAUAGGAGAAGAAUAUUUUACAUUUAUAACUGAAUGUAAGAACCCAAAGGCUUGCACAAUUCUUCUGCGAGGUGCCAGCAAAGACAUACUCAGUGAAGUUGAGAGGAAUCUCCAAGAUGCUAUGAAUGUUGCUAGGAAUGUACUUGUUGACCCUAGACUUGUACCAGGUGGAGGCGCUGGAGAGAUGGCUCUGUCUUGUGCAUUGAAUGAGAAGUCCAAGAGCAUCACAGGGGUGACCCAGUGGCCAUAUAGGGCUGUAUCUAGAGCUCUAGAGGUGAUUCCCAGGACUCUCAUCCAGAAUUGUGGCGCCAACACAAUCAGAACCCUCACUGCACUCAGGGCUAAGCAUGCGACAGAGGGUAACACCACAUGGGGCAUAGAUGGCGAAUCUGGUAACCUUGUAGACAUGAAAGACUAUGGUGUCUGGGAACCAUUCUCAGUCAAGGCACAGACGUAUAAGACUGCCAUUGAGACUGCUAUCUUAUUGUUAAGAAUAGAUGAUAUCGUAUCGGGAACAAAGAAACAAUUGGAUACACAGGGUGCACCACAAGCGCCACCUGCUGGUGGCCCAGAGGCGUGAUGAUCUCAAUGAUUAGCCAAUCAGAAUUGAUCUUUUAACUCCCUACUUGACACUCAUAUACACUAAUUCAUGUCAUAGACAUAGAUGUACACUAUAUACAAUGUGGAGCAAUGUACUUUAAUUUAUUCAAUAGAUGAAGGACAUUUCUAGUUCUUG